CCAUAAAUUGAAAAUAUCAAGUAUUCGGGGGUAUCCAACGUUGCCAGUUAAUCAACAAGUUUUGAAAUAAUUCUCAAAUACGUGACAUUUAUUAUUAUUACAUAAAUAUAAAUAGUUCAUGCCAAAAUGAUGAAAAAAUAUCCCUUCGAAGAAAAAUCAGAGAUAUCAUAUCCGCAAUUGUUUAGUGUUGAGGAAGGACGCCUAAAACUUCAUUUUAUUGCGUUCAAUUUGCACUUUAUUUUAUUCGUUAUACUUUGCAAUCUAUUAGCACUUUUCAUCGCGUCAUUCACUUUGUUUUUUGAAGUGAAUUCAACGUGGGUUUUAUUCAUAAUUGAACUGGUUUGUUUCUUGGUAGCUGCAGGUGAUGUAACACUAAGUCUGGUACACUAUGUUACAAAGUCUUUAAUAAGUUACCACUGUUAUCAACGAGUCUCAAUUGUGUAUUUAAUUUGCAUGAUUAUUAUACUUCUGGCAACACUUGUGACUUUGGUAAUUCCUAAAACAAUUGUGCUUCUAAAAUGGCUCCAUUUGACCUUUACUAUAGCACGCAGUAUUUUAAAAAAUGGAUACAUAUUAAGGUUUUUUCUUCAUAGUGGUGAAGCCAUUGAUUCACACAUUCGAGUCAUUAUGGGAAUAUAUAUAGUGUGUGUCAUUAUGCUUAUUCAAUGGUUUGCUGCUUUGUGGUUCGAACAAUGUGAACAAUGUGUUGACUACUACAUAACUACUGAUACAGCACAAUUCUCAAAAUGGGAGAAUUACAUCACCAGUAUAUUCUUUGUGUUUGGGGGAAUUACAAACGUAAGCUACGGUGGUGCACCGCUGACCAAAACAAUCGAAAAGAUCGUUUUAAUCCUAUUGGGUGUUAUAUCAAUUGGCUUACUCAAAGGUGGAGCAUAUGCUAGCUUAACAGUGUUGCAAAUCAAUGCAUUUUAUUUGGAUCGCUUAACCAAACAUCACAGUAAUUUUAUAAGACACAAUUUGACACGCAACCCUAAUAUAUAUUCCAAUGAUCUACAAGAGGAAGUCGAAUUGUUUUUUGUAACUUAUCUUCCGAAGAUGAUUUGUAGACAAGAACCGGAGUUACUCUUGCAGUUACCACGUGGUAUCAAACUGCAUAUGAAGAAAGAUAUCUAUCGAAUGUAUUUUAAGAACUCGUUUGUAUUCAAACACAUGCCGAUAGAAAUGAUUGCUGAAAUAGCUGAUUCGAUUACCAUUCAAAGUUAUCCGAUUGGUUCAAAAAUAUGCGAUGCUAAUGGUAUCUUGGGUAGAAUGGUGUUUAUCGCAGAAGGUAGCGUACGCAUAAUGGCGGCCAACGAUGACGAGAACAUUAUUAUGAUAUUAUGUGUUGGAUCAUGUCUUGGUGGUUCUUUCUUAUUUCUGCCUCGUAAACCAAUUGUGUCAAUGUAUGCUGUGAGCUUUUGCACGGUGCACUGCAUCACUUUUCGAGACUUCUGGCUAAAAAAUGCUAAAAUGCAGAAUAGGAAUAAUUCUCUACAUAAACACUUUCAAGAUCAGCUACGUCUAGCUAGAAGAGAUAUUGAGUUUCGCAAACAGUUCAAUUUGCCGCAAGUGUCAUUUCAUGAAAUUAAAUCGAAGAUACCGACUGAAAUGCUCGUUUGGAAUUGUAAACACGAUGUACAUUUAAAGGGCAACUACUUUUUAAAUACGAUAAAGAUACGUUAUGAAGACCGCACAUUUUUGAAAACAACCGGAUUAAUGCGAUUCCGUCCUGGUUCAGAGCUACUUAAAUUCUGGACCAUAUUCAUGAUUGGAUUAGUUCUAACUGUCAUGCUUGUCUAUCCAAUUCUCAUUAUUUUUAAUCCGUAUCUCCACUAUCCACCUUUGUUCCUAACUUUACAACUACUCGUUUUGAUCUGUUACGCGUUGGAUUUGUUUGUGGAAUGCACAACUGGAAUAAUAUCAGAACGCGGAUACGAACUUGACAUGAAACUGAUUCUAAGGAAGAAAUUUUCCUCCAAAAUUUUUAUUAUAGACAUUGUUGCAGCUAUACCAUUCGGAUUCUGUCUAUAUAUUUUGUUUCACACUGGUUUUUUGAAGAUGAAUAUACUAAUUUUCAAGUUAUUGCAAUGCCAGUGCCUUAUCAAGGCUGUUAAGCUUCCAUGUUAUUUUCGCCGUUUGGGAAGGAAUGGAAAUUGUGACAGUAUUUUUAAAAUGGUGGUCUUACUUUUGUACUUGAAUUAUAUCUGGAUGUGUAUUUACUAUUUUAUAUUUUAUGAUAGCAAGGAAAGUAGUUGGAUAACAGUCCUUCCGGGAAACUUAAAGGAUUACCAUAGACUGUUUAUCAUUUACACUUAUACUCUAACUGUUUCUACUCUCUCCGAUUGUUAUCAUCUCUCAAGCGUGACUGAAAUGUAUUUUAUAUUGUGGCUACAAUUAUUUGGUAUUGUUUUCUACAUUUAUUUCUGGUCGUAUGUCACUAGCUCCAUUAUUUUAAACACUAAAUCCAGAUUUGAAUAUUUUGAGCAAAUCUAUAACCUGAAAAAAUAUCUAUCUAUUUUAAAAGUCCCAAAUAUGAUACAAAAUCAAGUAAAAUACUUCCUCACACAACAAUGGUAUUAUUAUUCAGGCAAUGUGGAAAACCAAUCCUUUGAUUAUCUAUCAAGUAGGAUCAUUUAUCAAGCAAAAACUCAAAGAUACUUUGACAUUCUAAAACAACAAGUAAUUUUCUCACCUUUGCCAAAGCGAGCAAUCAAUGAACUAGCUGUGAAGUGUAAGCCUAUUUUCUGUCCGACAAACAACAAUUUUCUGACAAGAGGCGCUGUAGUUGAGCACAUGUACAUUAUCGAAGAAGGAACCCUUGAAGAAUCAAUGUCUUAUAAAGACUGGGUACGAUACAUCUGCUCGGGUGUUAACUUUUGUCUCAUAGAAAUGUUCCUGGAAAAACGCUCUCACUUGACUUACAAAGCAGUAACUGACGCGAUAAUUAUAUCAAUCUCUAAAAAAGAUAUUGAUGAUGUUUUUUAUAAGUGGAACAAGCCGUUGAGCCACCAUCUGAAAACAACCGUGAAUAAAUUCGCGCAAAGUACAGAGGUAUUCCGAAUAUUUAAUGAAACAUUCAAAGAAAAAGAAGAAAAAGUGGCAAAGACAAAGUUCAAGUCCUGGAAAACUUUUUCCAAACACAAAAAGAAUAAAAGCUGCAUUGAUUACAAUCGAUCGUUAAAAAAGUCGUACCAAUUGAGGAUAUGCAAAUAUUUCAUGAUGAGACGAACAAUUUUACCGGAUGGACAGUUUAUAAAAAAGUACGAAAUAUGUUUCUCAGUUAUCCUAAUCUUUUCGAUAAUCGCGCAUUCGUCAAUGUUGCUAAUAAUGGACCUAUCUCACUAUUCGUUGUUUUUGUAUAUAUUUUUCUUUAUAUUUGGACUGGUGGAUAUGUUCCUUAGAUUUCACAUGGCUUACUAUAACGAACAAGGAAUUCUUGUUACACAUCCAUGGUGCACGGCAAAAAAUUACAUUACAACAAGCUUUUUGAUUGAAUUAAUCGCUCUGGCACCGGUUGAUAUCAUUUUGCACUCUAGAUCAACGAUUCUUGAUGAAGAUAGAAGUCUAUCAACAGAUCAUUACCUGAAGUUUAUAUUUUCGUUUAAUAAACUGCUGUACCUUUAUCGGUACAAAGGAAUUUAUUAUCUAAGCAGUGGAAGUAUACAUUUGUUAGAUGCUUAUCGUAUAGCAAUGUGGGUGAUUCCUUUGCUGGUAGUUUUCCUAAACGUUUUGACAAUGACGUACUUCUAUGUGAAUUUGGAUUUGAAGUUAAACUAUAAUGAAAUAGAACGAUCCUCGUGGUAUUUUGAUUACGACAUACUGGAGUUAGGCAAUAUGUAUAUUGAUGGCUUCUUUUGGGUUACUAUGACAACAUUGGGUUGCCUGCCUUUGCGUGCUGAUACUUAUCCCUGGAUAUUGCCCGAAAUAAUUAUGAUGUUUAUUUGUCUUUUAUUCGGACACAUUGUACUGAUGAAGGUUUUAAUUCUGAUUGUGAAAAUUUACAAUUGCAAGCACAGUGCCCUCUGGAAUAAUCUAGUACAUUCUCAAGAAUUAAUAAAAUAUAUGAAGAAAGCCAAGUUGAAAAGUAUACUUGUAAAAUGGACUAUUGCCCAUCUUGAGUAUAACUGGAAUCAAAAAGUUGGUGCGAAAGUUUCAUUGAUGAAUAAUUGUCAUGGUGCCCUUCGAAAUGCGUGCAUGAAUCACAUCUAUAGCAAGCUUUUCUUUAAAAUGGACAUUUUUAACGCUUAUGCAAAUACAUUAUCCAGUAUACUUGGACCACACUUUAAAUCUGAAUAUUUUGCCACCCAGGAAGCGAUCAUUGAUUUCAGUGAUAUAAUUCCCGAUCUGUAUAUUGUUUAUAGCGGUGAAAUUUAUGCUAUGAACGCAACACGCACAAUUCAAGAAGUUUUGCCCGCUGGAAGCAUUUUUGGCAAUUUUGAUAACUGCAAGGCAACACGUUGUAUGAUGUAUUUUAUAUCCAAGAAUCCUGUCCACAUUUUAAAAAUUGACACUUUGCUGUUUUAUCAGUUAAUCGAGAAUUGUGGCGGUCUUAAACAAGUAAUACAACGACGCCUUGUCCAAGGCAAUUUGUCAUACAUCAAAAAUGCACUAGAUUCCGAAUGUUUGCAAGAAGUGGUGCAUGCAUUAAUAGAGAGCAACGUGCGAGAGUUGGUACAAUUCGCAUGGCAAAAGUAUAAUGUAAAAGUUAUGCAACCAAUUCGAUGGUUUCUGGAAUUUUGCUCAUUUGCAUCCGUAUAUUGGGUACUAUAUAUUUAUAGUUUCUCAAAGGAUUCUCUGAAGUACAUAAUAAUAUUUUACACGUUUGACGCCCUAUUUGCGCUCAAUUGUAUCCUGGUAAAUUUAGAGAAAAGAUUCAGUCAUGGAGCUUCUAAACAGAUUUUCCUACAUUAUAUCCGUUAUCAUUUAUUUUAUAUUGUCUUGGAAUACUUCCACUUGAAUUAAUUCCGUACCUCACUGAAAAUUACUACUGGAUGAAUUUAUUCCGACUAAAUCGUGUUCUGAGGUUAAUCCAGUACCAUUUUUUUAUGAAGGAAGUGUUCAAAUCUCUAAGAAUUGACUUCUCACUAUUAAUUGUUGUGAGCAGCAUUGCCAAUAUCUCUUUGUUUGUGCACAUUUGCAGUUGUGUGGUGUAUUUUUUCGCAUGUCCGGAUGGUAUAUGUACUCCAGAGUCCUGGUUGGUGAUUAACGUUGACUCCGAUGAGAACGAAUAUAUAAGUUGUGUGUUUUAUGCAAUUUCGAUUGUCACUCAAUCUGGAUUCUCGACAUUAUUUCCAAUUUUGACGAAAGAUCGAUUGGCAUGCGCUCUGAUUGCUUUAAUUGGUCGAAUGUUGUUGUUUAUAACAAUUGGACAAAUGUUUAUGUCUUUUAGAUUCCUCAAACAAAGUUAUUUAUUCUUCAGCUAUAAAUACAUGCAUUUAAAGAAAUACCUUCAGUUUACAACAAUAUCAUCUUCCAUGAUAAAAAAUCUUUGCACGUACUUUAAAAAUUUAUACACACAUCAGCACGGAAAUCAGAUACCAAUUUUAAUACCACAAUUGCCAUCGUACAUGCAAUGUGCAUUGAAGAGUUUAAUCUAUGGUCAAUAUAUAUUUAAUAAUGUGAUCUUUCAAGAUUGUCAUCAUGAUUUUCUCCGACAAAUGAUGUUAUUCGCACGUCUUCAAACUUGUUUUCCAAAUGAUGUAAUAUGCCAUGCUGGGGAGAUUAACGAGACGAUGUACUUUAUAAAGGAAGGAAUUGUUCAGAUUUUCAAUAUAUCUAAACCAAAUGAAGAAACGUUAAUUGAUGAGUUAAUUGCAGAUGACUCUUUUGGUAUUGUGCAAGGUUUGUUUAAGAACAAACCGCAUUUGUUUACGUGUAAAGCAAAAACAGUUACAACUUUGCUUACGUUAGAAAAAAGAAAAUGGGAUCAUUUACUAGUAUUUUUUCCGUCGUCAUCUUACGCUAUUUAUCACCAGUUUAAUGUAAAAUAAAUCCCAAAUGUAUAUUGUCAAAUUGAAUUAUAACUGGCAACAUUGUAUAACUGAGCAAAUAAAUACAAACUCCCA